UGGCCUGCUUGUUUCAGUGAAGCCAUUCUUCACAGAAUUCAGAAAACUUCAAAGAUGUUCCUCAGUUAUUAGAUUCUUCUCCUUCCUCUCGCCUGGAGCUGCUGCGUCCAUCCUGAUCACCUUCUCCUGGUUUGCACGUGCGGCUCAUAGGCGGGAAGAUGUUGCUCUGCCUGAUUAAAUGCUCGCUCUGCCUCGUGGGGCUGUUGACGUCGCGCGCCGCCUCACGUGAGGACGCAGCGGAGGAUUUUGGAGGAGAGUCCGGCUCCGGGAUGCUGCGCGCAGAUGAGGUGAACGUCCUGCAGGACUUGUCCCUCCAGGUGUCAAACAGCAGCAACUCCUCCAUGUCCGUGGAAGAAGGCCGCUGUCCGGUCCUACAAGUGGGACAGUACUCCACGUUGGCUCUUCCUGUGCGAGAACUCUUCCCUGAUGGGUUUGACGAUGAGUUCACUUUGCUGGUGCAGCUGCGGAGUCCUCAGAGGGAGGAGCGCAGCGUCUUCACCAUGCUCAGCCCCGACAGCCAGGUGAUGCUGCAGCUCCGAGUCAGCGCCUUCGCCGUCAUCUUCAUAGGAACGCAGCAGCGGCACUACGAGUUCCCAUUCAGCGGCCUGUCGGAUGGGAAGUGGCACCGCGUGGCGGUCAGUGUGUCGGCCAGGCGCCUGGCGCUGUACGUGGACUGCUCUCUGCUGGAGAGCGUGGACUGGGUGUACCACGGCAUGGGGAUCAGUACCGACGGGCUCCUGAUGGUCGGGGGGAUCAUCGACGGCUUCGAGACCCCGUUUGAGGGUCACAUUGGACAGCUGUCCUUCCUGAUGGACGAUCCGGACGCGGCGCGGCGGCACUGCAGCCACCACCCGCCCCGCUGCAGCGCCGCCGCCGCCGCCCCGAAGCCGCCCCGCUACCCCCGCACCAACAGCGCCCUGCAGGACGUCUUCCUGUCCUCGAACGACCUGGAGGACCUGCUGGGGAGCCCCGACGACGAGGCCCUCCUGAGCUUCGGCCGAACCAACUCAUUCCUGCGACGAGGGAGCUCUCGAGGGGACGGAACGCUGCCCAGUCGACCAAACCGGAAAGGCUCAGUGGGUCGCGGGGAUGUUUUCGUGGUGGAUGAGGACACCGACUUGUUGGAUCCAGUCUUCCAAAACAGUGGACAAGUGAACCCUCAGUGGAAACCCUCAAGAAAUGAACUUAAAGGCAGUCAGAAAGGGAAGCCGGAGGUAUCAUCAAAAGAUCUGGAGGAGAACAUAACCACGGAGAAGAAGACGGAUUCCGGGGGAAGGAUUCCGUCCCUGUUUCCCAGAAAACCUUCGGAGGGUAUCGUCGACUUGGACGUUGGGAGUUCCUCUAAGAAGCCGUCAGCAGGAUUUCCUUCACCGACUAAGGUUCCUCCAGGUCCCAAAAUGUCCACAGAUUCCAACAAGCUUGGAGGAGGCGCCAGGACGGUUUUACCUUCAGAUAAAGUCGUCAGUUCUGGUUCAUCUGCUGAUUCAGGAAGUGAAGAAGGGGAAGGGGGCCCCGCAGUGACAGAAAGCCCCACACACUUUGAUCACAGAGUCAAGUACGACGGUAAACAACCCGACAGAGACCGGCCUGCCAUCGUGACUGUUCUGUCCAGAGACAGAGACCUGGUGGUGGGUUCAGACGGCAAAACGUACCGGCUCCAGAGAGGGCCAGCAGGCAGGAUGGGUCCCCCGGGGCCAGAGGGCUGCCCUGGUGAGCCCGGCCAUCCUGGGUUCAAAGGUGACAAGGGCAAGACGGGCUUUGAAGGGAGGCCCGGGAAGAAGGGGGAGCUGGGACCUCCUGGACUACCGGGGUUACCCACCCUGUACCUUUGGAGGAACACUGCUGAGGAGUGGGCUGCUUUCCAGCAAACCAACUUCUACCAGCUGCUCCGCUCCGGCUGGCCUAGUAAAGAAGGCCCCGAGGGACCACCUGGAGAGAUGGGCAAGCCCGGCAUGCAGGGGCCAGCGGGUGAACCGGGAGAGCGAGGACGGCCGGGGACGCCUGGAGAGAUGGGUGAUCGAGGUCCCAGGGGCCCCCCGGGACGGCCCGGGGCCCCGGGCAGGGACGGCGAAAACGGGGAGGACGGUCAGCCCGGACCGCCUGGGACUCCUGGACCGCCGGGCCCGUGGGGGUACAGGGGAGAGCGAGGGUCCAAGGGGGAAAAAGGUGAUGAGGGUCUCAUUGGCCUGAAGGGUCCGAGAGGAGACGCCGGUGAACCUGGUGAAAAGGGUUCGAAUGGGCUACUCGGUCCUCCUGGUCCCGUCGGACCUCCAGGGCCUCAGGGGAUCCGGGGUGGACUGGGACCAGAGGGACCACAUGGCCCUGAUGGGGACAGCGGCGUGAACGGCCCCCCGGGUCCUCCGGGCCCUCCGGGUGCACCGGGUGCUACGGGACGAGUCGGAGCUCAAGGAGUUAAUGGCUCAAGGGGCGACCUGGGACCUGCUGGCAGCGCCGGCCUCCAGGGCCCACAGGGUCCUCCGGGCUUGGAGGGACAGAUGGGACCUCCAGGACUCAGAGGACUUCAGGGACAGCCGGGACUGACGGGCGUUCCCGGACCCAAAGGAGAUCCCGGUCCUGUGGGGCCCAUGGGUGGCCGAGGGGACCCGGGCUUCGAGGGGCCCAUGGGUUCACCAGGCGGCCCGGGUCACGUGGGCUUUCGCGGAGACACGGGUAGCAGAGGCCCAGAUGGAGACAAGGGAGAUCCGGGACCGAAAGGAGACAAAGGUGUUCAGGGGGCAGUGGGGAUCCAGGGUCCUCAGGGAGAGCGGGGCCCCGUCGGGUUUCCAGGGUUCCCAGGAGUCCAGGGCCAGCCGGGUCCCGGAGGCGUCCAGGGCUCGAGCGGCGAAACGGGUCCGCAGGGGAAACAGGGCAGCCGAGGUUCAAAGGGGAACCGAGGACCCGAUGGACGCCCCGGCAAGCCAGGACCCAGAGGGAACAAGGGUUACUCUGGACCGAGGGGCCACCCCGGCCAGCCGGGCCCAUCGGGUUUGCCAGGCCCGCCCGGACCAGGGGGAGCAGAAGGAAAGCCUGGUACACAGGGUCUCUCGGGUGCAGCAGGCAGCGCCGGCAGUAAAGGACCGGCGGGCUUCUCGGGACUCGCCGGAGAGAGAGGAGCGGACGGCCCGCCGGGAUCCCCGGGGCCACCGGGGAAGGCGGGACCACCGGGUGCACCGGGACCCCCAGGAGACAGGGGUUUCACGGGGACGGCGGGGAUUGAGGGGCCGCAGGGCCCAGUAGGCAUGUAUGGGAUCCAGGGAGCCGCGGGCAUGCGUGGACCUCCGGGUUUCCGUGGAGAAAGGGGAGAGCCAGGCCUACGAGGACUGCCGGGGCCGGUUGGAAAGCCGGGGCCUGCUGGUCCGGCCGGUCCACCUGGGGAAAAAGGACCCCGAGGGCCUCAGGGUCGUCUCGGAGACGAGGGACCCAAAGGCGUCGACGGCCCACCAGGCCCUCCAGGUGUUCCAGGUUCAAAUGGCCCUAUUGGAAAACCUGGACCCAGAGGAAAUAAAGGACCACCGGGACCUGAGGGGCCGCAGGGGCCCACAGGAAUGCCAGGUCCCCAGGGCGCUGAUGGAGGACUGGGAGCAGCGGGGGAGAAAGGACCGAAGGGUUUAAUGGGACCACCUGGCGAAGCAGGACUCACAGGACACCGUGGAGAGCAGGGUCCUCCUGGACAGACAGGUGUGGAGGGACCACCUGGAGCAAAAGGUGACCAGGGAGACGUCGGUCCAAAUGGAAAAUCCGGUCCACCAGGGCCACCAGGAGAGAGAGGGUUCCAGGGCCUGAAAGGCCCCCCCGGACCAGCUGGGCCAGUCGGCAAAGAGGGGGACAUGGGGCCUCCUGGUGACGCAGGAGAUUCUGGACCCAAAGGAGAAAAGGGCGAGAUGGGAGCCCCCGGUCUGACCGGGCGGGAGGGACCCUGGGGAGACAUCGGAGAAAAUGGUAACAGAGGUCCAAAAGGAGAGAAAGGCCACGUUGGGCUGAUGGGUUCCCCAGGACUGAUGGGAGAACUGGGCCCUGCAGGUCUGGCAGGUUUGGAGGGAGCCGCAGGACCUCCAGGACCUGCAGGACCAGACGGACCCCAAGGACAGAAAGGGGAGUCUGGACAAGCAGGGACGGCUGGACCUCCAGGGUCAGGAGGCCCUCUGGGAAUUGAUGGACCCCGUGGUGCCAGAGGAGACAUGGGGAGGCUCGGACCGCCCGGUCCGACUGGACAGGUGGGACCUCAGGGAGACCAGGGAGCCAAAGGUGAACCGGGAACACAAGGAGAGAAUGGGGAGCCUGGACCUCCAGGUCCACCGGGGGAACCGGGUGAGGAGGGUCUGGAAGGAAUCCAGGGUCCUCCAGGUCUGCAGGGGCUCGAGGGGCCUCCUGGUGAGACGGGGUCGCAGGGCCUCCCUGGUCCCGCCGGGGCUCCUGGAGCAGCAGGAAGAGCAGGACCUGAAGGGAAUCCGGGCAUCAAAGGAGAGAAGGGAGACGACGGCCAGACUGGACCGCCGGGGAAGACGGGUCCAGGCGGAAGGAAGGGGAAACGAGGCAAGGCCGGGGUCAGAGGCGUCCGGGGAGAGCGAGGACCAAAGGGCAGCAGGGGCGACACGGGGGUCGCCGGCGUCCCCGGGUGGUCGGGCCUCAUCGGAAUUCCGGGUUUACGCGGAGAGCCCGGGGACCAGGGGGAAAAGGGGAAAGAGGGUGAAAAGGGAGAUAUGGGACCGCCUGGACCCCCUGGAGCCGAUGGCACUAAGGGUGUUCGAGGCCUUGUCGGAUUGCCAGGCUCAGUCGGCUUGAAGGGAGAACAGGGGAACAUCGGCCCCCCGGGACCAAGAGGCGCUGCAGGAAUUCCUGGAUUCCCUGGUUUGUUUGGAUUAAAGGGAUUGAAAGGCUACCAAGGUCUACCUGGACUGCCUGGACGGCGGGGGCUCCCGGGUCCACCUGGGGUUCCAGGUCCUCCAGGACCAUCGUUAAAUAUGACACUGACUCAACUCAAGGACCUCAUUUAUGUCUCCGAUAAACCCAACUACCCCCUGAUCCAGACGGUCCUGGACUCUUUGCAGCAGGAGCUGCGGCUGCUGUUGGAUCCUCCGGACGGCAGCAAGGAGCGUCCUGCCACCACGUGUCUGGAGCUGCGGCUCUGUCACCCCGAAUACAGCAGCGGAAUGUAUUACAUUGACCCAAACCAGGGCAGCGUGGUCGACGCUCUGCUGGCCUACUGCAGCUUCUCUCCCGCGGCGGCGCAGACCUGCCUUCACCCUCAGGAGUCGCAGCUGCCCAUGAAAGCCUGGAUGGAAGAAUCGACAGAGGACGCAGCGUUUCAGUGGCUCAGCAGGCUGGAUCAGGGAUUUCAGUUCUCCUACCCCGGCGCUAACGUGGUGCAGAUGCGCUUCCUGAGGCUGCACAGCACGGCGGCGGUUCAGAAGGUGACGUACUCGUGCCAUCCGGGACACAGGCUGGGCCAGACGGAGAGGGACGUGAAGUUCCUGACCGACACCAGGAGGCAGAGUUACCUCGGAACGCUGAACGACUGUGUGGUACGACCGGGACAGGAGAUGCCGCCUGGCCCUCGGGAGUCGGUCAUGGAGUUCGAGGACCUGCAGCUGCUCCCGCUGAGAGACGUGGCUCUGAUGGGAGGGGCAAACUUCACGCACCGCUUCGGCCUCACGAUCGGACCCGUGUGCUUCAGCUAGAGGUGGAGGGAAGCGCCGCCGCUUCGGGACUGAAACCUGUUUCAGAGAAGACAAGCAGGACCUUCUCCUCCAGCUCCUCACCCCCACGCCCAGCUCAGGCGGAACCAGGAGACGUCACUUUUGUUUACAGAGACUUUGAUCUUGUAUUAAAUAAUUUAAAAUGUAUUUUUUAUCUUUUAUAUACAUUUUUUUGGAAUGUUUUUUGUGUAUUUAGGGAUUCUCCUACAGUUUCGUCUUGUGUAUAUAAAACGUUAGAUUCUCCUUCCAGACCUCUUAACAAUGUGUUCUUCCCAUGAACACGGCUUUUCUGUGGUUCUCUUGCUUUUCCACGCCUCUUCUUACCACUCUGUAGUACUGUAAUCGAAGUGAGUCUCUCUGAUGACUUACAAGGUGCUGAUAAAGUUCUGUUUGAGUUAAUUUAAUCCUAAAACUGACCGCAGGGGUCAUGUUUCCUCAUACUUGAUGCUGUCUGCUACCAGCUGAGCUUGUUUGGGUGAAACGCGAGGCAUUUUGUAACGUGUUGGUGCUUUCAUAUGACUCAGGUAUCACACUUCAUGAAUAUUCAUAUUAGACACGAAAUCUGCUGCUUCAUUCAUUAGCAGGGUUUUUCAGUGUUUUCUCACAGAGCUUGAAACCAAUCAGUGCUUCCAACCCUCACACAAUGCCAGUGAGAAGCAUCGUCCAUAAGCAUUAUUCAUACCAAAGAGUAAGUAGUAAAAAUGCUGAUAUUUUUCACUGUACAUCACAGUCUGUGCAACAGUUUCACCACAAAUAAAGUAUGACUAAAGUCCUGGCUAAACUGAUAUGCCUGUUAAUACUCAAAAUACAGGAGCUUUGAGGAAAAGAUGAGAUAUUAUGAGACCAGUGAGGAAGCAGCCCACCUCGUCGCUGCUUGGCAGUGUUUGUGGCUUUGUAUCUGGGAGCUGGUGAGCAGUGAGCCGUGUGUUGUGUAGGACGGGGAUGGAUUUCAGUAAGAUCUCAGGGAGUAUUGUAGUGAGAGCGUGAUCUGCAAGCUCAACCAACAUCAGCAGCUGAAACCGUUUUAGUUUUUCUUUUUGUACCACUUUCAGUGCAACAUGUCAACCAGAUGAGUUUGAUCUGGGUCUGCGAUUCUCCCCCAUGUGUUUAAGCUUCUGUGUUUUCUUUUUGUAUUUAGAGAUUUGAAAUCAUGUUGGUAUGAUUGCCUUAGCUGGCUGAGACCGAUCAUUGGUACUUCACUUGUUUUGUACAAAUUAUGGCUUUUUGAAAGAUAUGAAACGACAUGCUGGACAUCUGUCUCGUGUGAUCCCUCCAUCUGGUUGUUCAAAGAAUCGUGUCGGCUGAAUUAAAAACCUACUUGUAACCGA